UUCUUUUUUGUUCCAUUUCGGCAAAGGGUUGAAAGAGUACUGUUUACUCUUUGAUUUCGGUCACACCAGUUGCUUUUCGCCCUUAUCAGUUCAGAGACAUUAUGGUCUAGUACUACAGCUACUAAUUGUAUGGAACAAUGACGGCAAACAUUAAAUGGAACCAAAGGGGUGAGGACUCUGAGAAAGACAGUUAUUCAAAAGGAAGUUUAGAUCCUUCAAAGCUGUUCCCCUACAACCCCCCAGAGUGGGUGGUGAAACGCCUAACAACAAUCCCAAAAUUCCGUGUGAAGCUUAUUCAACCAUUCACCCCCAUUUAUAAAUGGAACCUGCCAGGUGUACCUACAGGCUUCGACGUGUCAAUCAAACGAGAUGAUAUGACAGGCAUUACGCUAAGUGGCAAUAAAGCACGCAAACUUGAGUUUUUAUUGGGCGAUGCAAUUCACAAGAAGUGCAAUGCAGUGAUCACCGUUGGAGACGUUCAGUCAAAUCACUGUAGAACGACGGCAGUAGCAGCCAGACAAGUCGGUCUGGAACCUCAUCUGCUCAUCAGAUCUUCUUCUGAAAAUCCUGAACAAAUUCCAAGUGAAGGUAACAUGUUCAUUGACAUGUUAGUGGGAUCUUCUUUGUACCUGGUGCCGCUGAAGCCUUUCCAAAACGAGCAAAGAAUGGAGAAACUGGCUGAAUGUUUACGUAAAUCAAGAAACUUAAAAUGUUAUACAGUCAAACCAGGGGGAUCCAAUGCUAUUGGUCUUUAUGGUUACAUUGAGGCAUGGAAUGAACUAAUGCAACAAGGAAUUCUUGAGCGAUUUGAUGAUUUAGCUGUUGCCGUUGGUAGUGGUGGUACAGCUACAGGCUUAGCAGUUGCCAACUACCUCACUGGAUCACACCUCAAGGUGCAUGCAUUUGUGAUCAGAAAUGACAAGGUUCAUGUUAUCAACCAUGUUACUGAAAUCCUGGAAGAGAUUGGUUUGGACCUUGAGGUGAAAGCUGAAGAACUGAUUGACGUAGUAGAAGGCUCAAUAGGCCUAGGUUAUGCUAAGUCUACUCCAGAAGAACUAGAAUUCAUUACCAAUGUUUCAAUGAAGACUGGUGUGAUCUUAGAUCCAACUUAUACCGGCAAAGUAGCCUUCGGUCUUGUUGAGCACAUAAAUACCAAUCCAAGUGCCUUUAAAGGAAAGCGAAUCUUAUUUGUUCAUACAGGUGGUUUCUUUGGAUGUGUUAAUGGGAAGUUCAAGAGUGUUCUUGGUGAGACAGCAGUAAACAGGAUCCAAGGCUGGAUGGAUAUGGAUGUGGAACCUGUUGUCCUUUAAAGCUGAUUUUAAAAACACUGCCACAGUACUAAUCUCUUAUGAUUCAAACCCCAAUGGAGUCCAAUACUUUUUCACAAAACAUUAAAUAUUUUUUAAAAUGUACCACCAACUUCCACCCAACCUGAAUUUUAGAAUAAAAGAAAUUAACUAAACUAUUAAGAAUAAUGUGGUAAAAAUUUCAUUAACUUGUUAUCCACUACUCUGUCGCUGGCAGUGUUUUCAUUGCAAUCGUUUCAACGCAAUCUGAGGGCUCCCCGAUUCAACCAACCAAUUUGCAUAUUAAAAUGGAUAAUUUUUAGUUGAUUAGCUGGCUCUGUUUUCUCAAGGAUGCUAUCAUUGUAUUCAUUGUUUUUGUAUUUUACUCUGAUUGCUCAAUAAUUUCAAAUCAAAUCUAUAUGACAGCAGACAGUUACCAAAUACUUAGAGUUAAUGGUAUAGUCAGUGCAAUGUCACAUGGCAGACAAAUAUGCAGAUAUAAUAUAUACAAAGUUUUAGGUCUUAUAUAAAUAAUGAAAUGUAAUUACUUUAUAAAUAUAUUGAUAUAUAAAAGUAUUAUAAAUUCUGAAAUUAUCUUAUUUUUACUGUUGCUUGUAUGAGCAACAAUGAAGAUUUGCCGUCCGUAGUUUGUAAUUUUGUUAUUGUUUUAAAAUUGAUACAAUGUCUUACAGAAAACCAACCUUAACGAUUUAAUGGAUCUUUAUUAAACUUUUUAAAUGGACGCUUUGUAAAACAAAUUGUUAUAAAUAUUAAUUAUGAAAUGAAAUAUAUUUAUGUAAUAAACUUGAGGAAUAAAUAAUCACCAUUAUUUUAGAUAA